AUGGUAGCUCACACAAACACCUUCUUCCUCGGCAGCGACGACCCAUACAUCUCCGACCACGAGGCCGAGGAUGAGGCACUAGAGUGCCUAGUGCCACGAGACGAUCAUGAAGACGAAGAUGAAUACAAAGCUCUACCGCCCGCUGCCAGACUGUUGCUGCUGGAGUUGGCGGUGCUGAGGGCGCUGCCGGCGAUGGAGCUGGCGCUGGAGGCGUAUCGGAGGGCGUGGUGGUGGAUAAGGGUGCAUUGUCGGAGGUGGAGAGCUUAG